AUGGUUUCAACUAGAAUAAAUGCUUUGCUCCUACUCACAUUGGGUGCAUUAUUAUCCAAAGUACACGCUGCGGAUGGAGACACUACAUCCUACGACGGAACCACUGUUGUUACUGUUACUCCACAAGCCACUGCCACCACCACUGUACCACAAGUGGUUGAAGAAAAUGGUGUUGUGUACAUCUGGACUAACGAAGCAGGUGUUUUGACUACCACCACCAUUUAUACCCAAACUACGACUCUUGCCAAUGCUGAAGCUACCUCAACAGACCAAGGCAGUACCACAGCCACUGACACCACUCCUACUGACCAAGGGUCAAGCAGCAGUGUACCAACUGUCGAAUCGACCUCCUCAUCGAUUUCCACCACCUCUGGCCCACCACCAUCAUCUGUUGCCCAAGAAACAGGAGAAGCUCAAUCUUCGUCAACCACAUCCCAACCAAAUGAAUCUUCUUCAAGUGGGGAAGUCUCCUCUUCUCCUUCUUCCGGUGCUGCUCCAGCCGCUACAUCCCCAUCUGAUGCUACUUCAACUGCCCUUGCUACCGGAAACAGUGUUAUUGUCAUUCCAACCCAAGUCCCAGAAGGUGAUUACUCAACAGAAACCAUAACUACAAACACCGUUUUGGAAAAUGGAUCAACUGCAGUAUUGGAAUUGGUUGUAUUGCACACUGCUGUAUGUCAUGCCUAA